UCGCUCCACUGCGCUUGUUUCCUAGGCCAACUAUGCUCUCUGGAAGCCGCUACACCUGCACGUCAGCAGCGGCGAAGCGACAGCUGCAGCGGACGGAGCGGGCUGCACGUACGGGUGCUCCACGGGGUCAGGGUGUCGUUGCCAUGGCAACUUCCCCAGCCCCCGAUGCGGCCAAGCUGCGGUCCAUCGUCCAGGCGGGGUCUCCCGUCCUACGGCAGCCUGCCAAGACGGUGCCUCGCGAGCUGCUGGGUAGCGGCUGGCUCCGGGGCCUGGCAGAGGAGAUGACGGACGUCAUGCGUGCGGCGCCGGGGGUGGGGCUGGCCGCACCACAGAUUGGCGAACCCUGGCGGGUAAUUGUGAUGGAGGACCGCCAGGAGUACAUGGACCGGCAGGCGGCGGCGGGCGUGUACAGCGCCGAGCUGCUGGCGGCGGUGGAGCGGCGGCCGUUCGGGCCGCUGGUGGUGGUCAACCCCACCCUCAAGGCGGUGGGGCAGGAGGGCGGCGCGUUCUUCGAGGGCUGCCUCAGCGUGCGCGGGUACACGGCGAUUGUGCGGCGGUACCGGGAGGUGGACCUGGAGGGGGUGGACGUGGAGGGGCUGCCGCUGCGGCUGCGGCUGACGGGCUGGGCGGCGCGCAUCGCGCAGCACGAGGUGGACCACCUGGCCGGGGUGCUGUACGUGGACCGCAUGGACGCCCGGAGCCUGGCGGCGGCGGACAACAUGCCGGAGUGGGUCAGGGCGCUGCCAGGCGGCGUGACGCAGCUGGGGCGAUGCGCGUGCUGCCACCCCAUCAACAGCGUGCCCACCAGCUCCUAGCACCCAAGCAGCCGAGCUCGCGA